AAUGAGGCAGACGAUAUUUAACUUCAAUGGACAUCUUUUAAGACGCGUGUAAUGCCAAUUUGGCGACGAGGGUAAAUGAAAACUGCGAACUGAUUAAUAUCGAGGUGAAAACCUUUGAGUGAAGGUCUCAGGUAACUGGUGGUGUUUUUGCCGGUUCGUCUGCGUGUGUAGCAACCAGGUCUGCUGCUAGUUUGUAUCGUCUGCCGACCAAAUGGACGGGCGAAGUCAGACGACAAUUCUCACAUCCUUUUCCAUUGACAAUAUCCUUGAUCGCAGAGAGAAGGAAAAUGAACAAAUUUCGAAAGACUCCAACGUGACUGAUAUUCAUGGACUCGAUCUGAGAGUGGGUGCUGGGCUGACGGGGUGUGAGGCACGGCUGACGUCGCCAGAUAGGGGUAGGGAGGAGGGCGACUUCUCCGACGGCGACUCCAGUGUCCUGACUGACCCAUCAAGCCCAGCUACAUAUUGUGACAGCACCAAGGACCUUGACUUGUCCGUGGUGAGCGACUCAGACGGCGAUAACGACGACGAUGACAUGACAGCCGACGGGAACGUUGACAACACGUUAUCAGAUAAAGGACUGGGUGACGGGAAGGAAAAGUCAGAUCACAAUAAGCCGAGAAAGAAAAGGUCACGGGCCUCGUUUUCACAUGGACAAGUUUACGAACUCGAAAGACGGUUCCGUCACCAGAGAUACCUGUCCGGCCCGGAAAGAGCUGAUCUUGCACAGGCACUGAAACUGACUGAGACUCAAGUGAAAAUAUGGUUCCAAAAUAGGAGAUACAAAACAAAGAGGCGACAACUUCAGCAGGAACAAGCAUUUGCUGCCAAUGCUAAAAAGGCAGCAGUGACUCUAUUAGUUAAAGAUGGGAAACGGUUAUAUAACCCGGAAGACUUUGUGAGACCAAUUCUUUUUCCUUCCAUACCGAUUCCAGGUUUGAACUGUUACUACUGUAUUCACUGACAAAGUUAGGUGUACGUUACACUUGCAUUUCAAGAUGACACAACAGCCGAACACCUCACACUCCAUCACCUCGAUUUGGAUCAGUCACGUGCUGAUACAUCACUUCCGGUUUUACGGGACAUAAAACUGUGCUGAAACAUACCUUGAACUUGAUACAGCAUCUGUCACAGCACAGACUGUUGAGGUUGGAGGAGUUCAUUGAUGUAUCAUGUAUCUACUUGUAACAUGUUCGUAGUCUAUGAAUGUUGAGUUUGCCGGUACUUAUUGUUCAGAUUUCUAUAGUGAAAGACUACAAAGCCGGCUUCACACUUUUGAUAAUUUAUGAAUGUCUUACUAAAGCUCAUCCUUAUUUCAUGCGUGAUUAGCCAGUACAUACAGAACCCAAUAAAACACACCAAACCAUGAAGUAUUACAUACAUUAUAUUUAAUAAAAUCCUUACAUGUGUAUUACAUGAAAAUAUACUCAGAUGAUAUUUAUCAACUUGAAGGUAUGAUGCCUAAUAAAAAGUAUUGUCCUUUUGAACAAAAUGAUGACUUACUUUGGUGGGUUAUUGUAUUUUAGGCAUAUAGUUUCUGAUCUACUCUUAGUGUUGCAAAUGGAUUUGUAGAUAGUUAUUUUUGUACAUAAUAUGUUCAUUUCCGGAGAUAUAUAUAUAUAUGUUUUGCCCCGAUUCGUCACUCUAGUCAUCGUAAUCCUCUAUACGUGGGUUAGCAAUUUGUAUAUGUAUUACAGCAUUUGUUACAAGUGUCCAUUGUUUAUCACGCAGUAAGAUAUCAUAAGUGCUACAGUAACUGAAUUUGUCAGGGGUAUAGAAAAUGACAUUAAACAGGAUUGAAAUGCCAGUGACAAAACAAUUUUUUUAUUAACUCAUCUUCAGUCAAAGCGUUGUCAUAUAUUUCAUGAAGCAGUCAGACAGGAAAUCACCUCUUCUGAGGCAUGUGCGCCUAACCUUAUUCACCAUAUUGUGUUUACACAGAAUUUUGAGUAUAGAAUAUUCUUCAAUUUCGAAACUCAUAAUGAUUUAUUUCACAAAAAAAGAGAGAAAAUGUUAACUGUUUCCAUGCAGAAAAUUAAUCUUUUAUCAGCGCUUGUCGUUUUUGUGCAGUCAUUUCAACAUACAUGUGAGAUCUGAUCACGUCAUAAUGUCAUAACCAUGUCUCUUCAGUGUUGUGUUUGUCACAUCCCAGAUAAACACUGUUGGCGUCAUUUGUUAUUGUGCCUUAUCCUCUUGUUUCUGUAUAUGAAGAGAAAUUAUCAGAAAUAAAUGGACUGGGAACUUCA